UGUAGGUUGUGGAUCGAUUGUUUUGAUCAGUGUUUUUUUACAUAUCAAAAGUUAAAUCUAUUAUCAAUUUUUUUUAUCAGUUUUGUUUCAUCUAAACCACUUCUGGGCCGGGUGCCCGCCUUGUUCCCUGAUUUGUACCCUUAAAAUUUACUAAACAUGCCGGGAACAAAUCUAAUAGUUCCAGUUGUCCUGUGGGGCAAGCACGCACCCACUCACUGCAUCUCCUCAGUAUACCUGUCGAGAGAUCAAAAGACCCUUGUCACUGGUUGCUACGAUGGCCAGAUAUGUAUAUGGCAGUCAGAUCCGGAAACGCUGAAGAUGACUCCGCGGUGUCUGCUUGUUGGUCACACAGCUCCAGUCACAUGCCUAUCAAGGGCUUCGAUUAUACAGGAUAACAACUUCAUAGUGAGCUCAUCGGAAGCCGGUGAGAUGUGCACUUGGGAUUUGGUCGAUGGGAAGUGUAGGGAGAGUGUGAAAUUGACUCAGGUCCAUACGAACAUUCAGGCCUAUCAUAUGUGCAAUAGCGAAGAUCUACGCCUCUUCUGCAACGGUUACUACGCCGAGAUACUAAUAAUGGAUCCGUUCUCGUUGGAAAUACUGUUCUCUUUGAGCUCCAAGAUGAAUCCCGAUUGGAUAUCGGCUUUGCACGUGCUACGUCCGUCGUCACGUAAGGACGACGUUGUCCUCGCGAUAUCAAUCACCGGCACUGUCAAAGUGUGGUCGCUGCUCGGCCACGAGAACAAACAGUCCGAGCCGAUAUACGAGAACGAAUCCAAGCAGAUCCGCUGUCUGAACGCGCUCUCGCUGAACUGCUGCGCGUACAACCAGCGCACCGUCCUCAUUGUCUGCGCCAAGUACUGCCAGAUAUACGAUGCAGGGGAUUUCUCAGUUCUAUGCUCGAUCCAAGCACCCUCAGGCGAGCGAUGGAUGUCAGGGGAUUUCCUGGCCCCGGACAGAGUCCUCGUCUGGUCAACCGAAGGCAAGGGAUAUCUUUAUAAGCUACCCGCCAACAAACUGCGUGGAAAAGCUAUCAAUAGUUCGGUUCCCGAUCAUAAAGGUUUCCACGGCCCGACUGUGGCCCACGACAGCCCGGUGCUUUUCGGGAUAUUGUCGCACACGGAUAAUGAGUUACUUUCCUGUCCACCGGCGAUGCGUUUCGUGAUAACCUCAUCAGGAGGACGCCAGCGCAGACUGCUCUUGAGGGGAGACUCGGCCGGAGUUGUCUCAAUUUGGAAUGUCGACGACGCCGCCACUCCGGACCUCAACAAAGUUAACACGUACGCCCCUCUGGUGCUGACAAGCAUGGAAAUAGCGUGGUCGGACAUGAACCCGAGUCCUGUCGGAAUCCUGGACCAACUCCACGUCCCUGACGAGUCUGAAAUUAAACUGACCGCUUCGAUAUAUCUGAUGGCGCUGAACCGCCUCGUGGUCGGCAGGGAGGACGGCUCCAUCGUGAUCGUGAACGCGACCCACACCGUCCAGCUUCAGCUGUUGCACGGCAGACACCAGCAGCUAGAUGAUUGGCCACCGCAUCAGCUUCUGUUGGGUCACAACGGAAGGGUUAAUUGCUUGUUGUAUCCACACCACGUACACCAGAGGUACGACAGAGCGCAUCUGGUGUCGGGCGGGAUCGACUUCGCGGUCUGCCUGUGGGACCUCUUCAGCGGAAGCCUGCUGCACCGCUUCUGCGUGCACGCCGGAGAAAUAGCUCAGCUGAUCGUACCCCCCCACAAUUGCAGUCCUCGGAUCCAGAAAUGCAUUUGCUCAGUGGCGUCCGACCACAGCGUGACUCUGCUGAGUCUAGCCGAGAGGAAGUGCGUGACCCUGGCCUCUCGGCACCUGUUCCCGGUCGUGACGAUAAAGUGGCGACCGGCCGACGACUUCAUGGUGGUCGGCUGCAGCGAUGGAACCGUCUACGUCUGGCAGAUGGAGACGGGACACCUGGACAGAGUGCUGCAUGGUAUGAUAGCCGAAGAGGUAUUGGCCGCUUGCGACGAGACCCUGUCUGAUGACCUCGGGGGCUCGAUGUCCAGCGGCUCCGGGGACCUGCAGGGCCUGGCCAAUCCCGCCGUGCAUUUCUUCAGGGGCCUCCGUCACCGGAACCUGACGGCCAUGCGCGCGGCCACGCAGCGCGGGCUGGCGGCGCUGCAGCACGCGGGGCCGGCCGCCGCGGGCCCGCUCGCCGCCCCCGCGCGCCCGCGCCCCGCGCCCCUCACCGUGCAGCCCUUCCGCUCCAACCCGAAAGAUCCCGAAAGCCACAUUCUGUUCUUCGAUAUCGAGGGUCUGAUCGUGGAGUUGCUGAGCGAGGAGUACUCCGCGAUGAGCCCGGCCAGUUUGGAGGCCGCCGGUCUGAUAUCCAGUGAGUACAUGAAGGCAGCGGCCUUGACCCAGUCUGCGAGUCCUGACGCCACCAAACGCAUUUCUGACUUCUUCGGUCGAGUGAAAGACAAGGCCGGCGAUAUGGAACGUAUAUUGAAAGAGAAGGACAAACACGGUAUCUUGGCCAAGAUGAAGGAGGGCGCGGAAACCGUUCAGACCAAGCUACAGGCGAAAGCGGAACAGCUGAAAAACCACCUCGAUAAUAAAGAUGACGGUACAACUCCGAAGAAGCGUCCCAAAGAGAUGUGUCUCUCAGACGCUCCCCACACAAUGGAGAUCGCCAAGAUACUGGUGUCGCUGCUGCACGCUUGGGGUCUCGACCCUGACCUCGACAGGGUCUGCGAGUCGAAGCUCGGCCUAUUAAGACCUAUGGUCCCGGUGUGCUUCGGCGUGGUCUCCCGGCACGGCCACAUGGCCGUCCAGCUUCCGACCCGCCUGAUCAGCUGGACGGAGGCCUGCGCCGCCGCGCCCGACGACCCGCUGCUCAUAACCUCGGAUCUACCACCGGAACUAUUGACCCAGGAAAAACUUACCAGGCUGUUCUCUUCGAAGCUACACUGGGAGUUGAGCACGACGCUGACCACGAACCAUUUGCUGUCCAUCGUGGCCUUAGCCAACACCCUCAUGUCGAUGAGCAACGCCAGCUUCCUACCAGAAUCGGAGAUGGCGCGGAGAUUGCACAGACCUUCAACGCGAAGCUCUUCGUCGUGGGCGGCGGAGGAAGAACGCGAGGAGCAGCUCGCAGCCCAGCAGGCCCACAUCAAGCAGGGCUGGUCGUUACUCGCCACGCUCCAUUGCGUAUUGCUUCCUGACAAAGUCGUUGCAACCGGAGCGAAGAACUUCAAGCGUCCCCAAGUGGAGAUGCUGGCGCGCAGGUGGCAGCAUCACUGUCUGGAAGUGAGGGAGGCAGCCCAGGCUCUACUCCUAGCUGAAUUAGCAAGGUUGGGUCCGAAGGGUCGCAAGGCCCUGGUCGACAACUGGGCCCAGUAUCUACCUCUGUACACGCACACAGAGAGCAUCAACCCUCACGCGGCGCAGAAGGAGCCAGCCGAGAAAUUGGCCAAAACGGUUGAUGAAUUUGACGAGGAAGAAGAAGAGAUAGUCCGGAAGCCGUCUUCCCUCGCCGAGCUGAAGCGGAAACAGACAACGGCCGUGGUCCUGCUCGGAGUCAUAGGGGCGGAGUUCGGACAGGACAUCACAAGCGAAGGUGCGGCCGGGAACAAGCGCCGUAAGGAUGUCGACAGCAGGAAGAGUUCGGUUGUAGAAGGAUUCACGCUAAGCUCUUCGAAUAACUUGGCCCGUCUGACUGCACUGGCCCUGACGCACUUACUGCAGGCGCCCGCGUGUCCCCGCCUGCCAGCCCACACGCCCCUGCGGCGUGCCGCUGUUGAUCUGCUGGGGAGGGGCUUCACAGUUUGGGAACCAUAUUUGGAUGUCAGUCACGUUCUUUUAGGUUUGCUGGAGAUGUGUUCGGACGCGGAUAAGUUGGUUCCGUCGAUGACGUACGGUCUCCCGCUGACCGCGCAGGCCGACUCGUGUCGCACGGCACGACACGCGCUGACGCUCAUCGCCACCGCCAGGCCGGCGGCGUUCAUAACGACGAUGGCCCGCGAGGUGGCGCGGUGCGCGGCCGCGGCCCAGAGCGGACAGCCCUCCCCGGCGUAUCACGCGCUACAGAAGGGCAGAGCCGAGGUGCUCCGCGGGAUCGAGCUGCUCAUUGAGAAGAUGCACAGCGAAGUCGCCGAACUGCUUGUCGAGGUGAUGGAUAUAAUCCUGCACUGCGUGGACCAGUCGCACCUGAAGAGUAAGGGUUUGAACGAGGUGUUCCCGGCCAUCUGUCGGUACAACCAGGUCUCGCACUGCCCAGCCACCAGGAGAAUUGCGGUCGGCAGCCACACUGGACAGCUAGCACUAUACGAGCUGCGGGCGGGGCGCUGCCAGUCUUUGGCCGCCCACAGCGGGCCCGUCACCGCCUGCGCCUUCAGCCCCGACGGCAGGUACCUGGUCUCCUACGCCACGACCGACAACCGACUCUCCUUCUGGCAGAGCACCUCUGGUAUGUUCGGUCUGGGCGCGGCGCAGACCCGCUGCGUGAAGUGCUACAGCACGGCGCCCAUGGCGGACGUAGCGCGUCUGAACCCGGCCCGCCUGGCCCGCCUCGUGUGGACCAACUCCAGGACCGUCACCCUCAUGCUGGCCGACGGCUCCGAAACCCGGUUCAAUGUUUGAACGAUCCGACCCGGAUAUUCCAGACCCGUCGUUGCAAUUAGCAACACACGCCACCACAAAACGUAUUUGUUAAAACGCAAUCGCCAUGUCUAUAUAUCGUCGUUGUCGAACCAAAAUCUGCUGCUAUGUGCACUUUUUCAGAUUUGUACUUUUUGACCUUUUCGUAUAGUUCACAGCCCUAUCUACCGUAUAA